AUGGACCAGGAAGAGGCUCCACCACCGCCGUACUCCGCCGUCGAUCCAUUACUUGCACCGAACAACCGGAACAACAACACUUCCCAGACCCCAGCCCCCCACCGUGGAAGGGCAUCCUCACAGGAUGCCAGUAGCUCGCGCAUUCCUGCCCAACCAACGGUUGUGCCGACGCACUUCACCUCCGCUGCAGCGUACUUUGAGGAACGGGCCCCGCCGGUCUUGGACGAAAGCCGGACUCUUUUGCAACAUCAUAUGACCGUAUACCCCCGAAGCCAAGCGAAGGAUUUUCCACGACGACCCCGCUGCUGGUCCUCGCGCUUCAACGAGACAACGCAGCAGGAUUGGGAUACGUUUGUGAACUAUCUUUUCCCCCCACAAUUGGGACUCGCUGCAUCUUCCCAGCACCUUCCCCGUCAAUUGCGCGCGGAGAUUCGACGUGAUCGCAAGGACCGCCCCCAAGAAACCGACGAGCAGCGUAGGGCUCGGAUUGCUGCUGUUGUUGGCGAAUGGAACGAAUGCUUCUUCGGCUUCCGCGGUACUCAUAUAGUCUUCAUCUAUGCGGGCGAGCCUGAUUCUGCGCCGCCGUCUGCUCUUUGUCCCCGAUGCUACCCUGCUGCAACUGGAUCGAUAGAGGGCUCGCCGUCCAGAUAUUCGAAUGCUUCGUCACCUCAACAGAAUUUUGUACAAACCCCCUGGCCGCCGUCUCCGUCUCCCUUCAACCCACAUCCCCACAUAUCUCCAUCUCCGUAUGGCGCGCCUUAUCCCUCAUAUCCCUCCCCUAUAUCCCCCAAUCUUCCACCUCAAUAUUAUCCACAGCAUCCAGCACCAUGGCAACCCAACAACUGGGGAUAUGCGCAGCAGCAACAUCAGUACCCCAACAACGGCACCUCCAAAGGUGGAUCAAUGGGAUGGAUUUCGCAGCUUGCAUCGACAGCCCAGAAGUACGGGGAGCGGUUCAGCGAACAAGCACAACAAUACGGAGAUCAGCUUAGCGCGCACGCACAACAUUAUGGACGGCAGGUCGAGGAGCAGGCUCUCGCCCAUGGCCGUUGGAUUGAAGAACAAGCAGGACUGCAUGCUCGCAAAGCACCAGUGGCCACUCCAUAUUAUGGUGGUUAUUAUAGCCGACCAUCCUGGGACAACCAAAGUCCCACAACGAACGUUCCAGUGCAUCAGACCCCGAGCCCUGUGACUGCAACUACCCCUCAAACCAACCCUCCAGCAAAUCCAGCAAAUCAAGACAAUAGCAUACCUAAAGUCCUAGAGCAGUCAGAUUUAGAGUCGACUGCUCUGUCGCGGCGAGUAUCGGUGAGCUCCGUCUCAUCCGAUUCCUCGUUUAGCUCGAUUGAUUCAAUAUCUACAACAUCGGAUUUAGGCGUCUCGGACCUUGCCACAGUGCGAACCCAGUUGGAGCUUUUAGAUGAUCGCCACGAUCGUGCCUUGUAUGACGCCGCGGUGGAACUCCGACGGCAACUCACCGUCUUACAAGAUUCUCGCCGAGAAUCCAAAUUCUCUGGCAACAAAAAGUGGAAAGCCACACAAGCGCCAAGUCGACAAAACCAACAAGCCGAAAGCAGUGACUGGGGCCGGUGGGACUCACCCGAACAGCAACAACGCAAAUCCGUCGACAGACGCGAGUUCAAGGAAGAAAUGCGUGCCACCAAAAAAGCUUUCCGGGAUGUGCUUCGUCGCGCCCGUGACGAGCAGCGUGAACGGCGGCGCACAAAACGUCGUCAAGUCCGACAAGCAAGAGCAAAUGAUGGAGACAAGGCAAAGCAAACAUACAAUCGCCCUCUUGAUCAACAGCUCCAGAGUUUGAGGCUAGAUAAUCCGUCACAGACAGUCAAUCAACCACAGCUGGCGGCUCCACACGGCUCGAACGUCGGCUCCGAGCUUGCUUCGGGCCAAUCCUCUAUCUCCAGGACGAGCACAUUGGAUCUUGCCUCGCCUGGCUCGGUCGGUUCGAAGAAGGGAAAGCCAAGUGAUACUUCGAGUCGUCUGAAAGAUAUGCUCAAGUCGCGCAAGGCGAAAAAGCAGAAGGAAGACGAUGCGGGGAGCAAAUAA